UUUACAAAUCCGUCACCAUCCGUAUUUUGUUGGAAAACCCCCUAUUUUUCUGCUUCAUCACUGUCACUCAAAUCCCUAAUUCCGAGUACUCGCAAAGUUUGCAAAUUUUGCCGACCACCGUGAACUGGAAAACUCCUUCUUCGAUUCUGUUUCCAUCUUGAUAAUUCCGAUGUUCUAGAGAUUCCAAGGAGAGAAGACAGCUACGGGUACGAUAUGCUCGGUGGAUUGUACGGGGACCUCCCUCCGCCCUCUUCGGCGGAGGAAGACAAGCCCACCAAUUCCACCGUCUGGUCGAGCAGCACAAAAAUGGCGCCACCGACUCUACGCAAGCCAUCGUCCGUCUUCGCGCCACAGACUGUUCUCAGAUCUCAAAGCAAAAUAAAAGCCGCCACUUCGACGCACCCCAAGGCUUCGGUGUCAGCUCCGGUGGAGCCGUCUCAGCCGAUUCUGGCUGAGGUCAUUGCGCAACCGGCAUUGGUGGCUGUGACGUCUACGGUUAUAGAAGAGUAUGAUCCAGCGAGGCCGAAUGACUACGAGGAAUAUAGGGUGGAGAAGAAGAGGAAGGCCAUGGAGGCUGAGAUGAGGAAGGAGCUCGAGAGACGUAGACAAGAGGAGGAAGAGAGGGAGAAGAAGGAGCGAGAGGAGCGAGAAAGAGAAUAUUCCGAUUCUAGGAUAAAUAUUUCAGGCGAGGAAGCUUGGAGAAGGCGCGCGGCUAAGAGUGGGGCAAUACCAAGAUCGCCAUCUCCACCAAGUAGCGUGGACGGCUUCAGCAUUGGAAAGUCGGAGACUGGCGGGUUGGGAGUUGGCGCUGGUGGGCAGAUGACAGCGGCACAAAGAAUGAUGGCUAAGAUGGGGUGGAAAGAGGGGCAAGGGCUUGGGAAGCAAGAACAAGGGAUUACCACCCCUCUGAUGGCAAAAAAGACAGAUUUGCGUGCUGGAGUAAUUGUGAACGCUAAUGAUACGAAAUCAGAGAAGAAGGUGAAGAGUGUUAACUUCAACGGACUACCUACUCGGGUUCUUCUGCUCAGAAACAUGGUGGGCCCGGGUGAGGUAGAUGAUGAGCUAGAAGAGGAAGUAGGAUCAGAGUGUGCGAAGUAUGGGACAGUAACACGGGUUCUGAUAUUCGAGAUUACAGAACCCAAUUUCCCAGUGGACGAAGCUGUUCGAAUUUUUGUGCAGUUUGAAAGAUCAGAAGAAACUACAAAGGCUUUGGUUGAUCUUGAUGGUCGAUACUUCGGUGGAAGAGUGGUUCGAGCUACAUUUUAUGACGAGGAUAGGUUCAGUAAGAAUGAAUUAGCUCCAAUGCCAGGAGAAGUCCCUGGAUUUACAUGAAAUCCAAGAAGUAAAAAAAUACGCCAGACGUACAUUCAUGGUAGAUGAAGCUAUGAUUAAUUUGGAUUGGAUUGGAUUGUGCAAUAACUUUCCUAUUGUAAAGAGAUUUUACCAUCAUGUUGUUGACUGAAUGAAGCCCAAGAAUAGAAUUGUUGAACUUGAAAAUGAUCUUAUUAACUAAUGCAAGAUUGUUCUAAUCAAAUA